AUGUUUGGAGAAAAUACCCGGCAUGUACCCAAUCUUUUUUUUAGUGGGCAAAGUACCCAAAGUCAGUAAAACUGUAAUUCCAUCCAAUUAUGUUACUUAGGGUUCCGUUAGGGACACGUGUAAGGCUCAGAUUAAACCACAUUUUAAUUUCUUUUAAAAUUAAAAGAAUAAUUAAAAAAUACAUUUUGAAAAAAAAGAUUAUUUUUUAGUUAAAUUUAAUAAAAUUAUAUAAAAAUAUUAAAUCUGAUUUUAACUUAUAAAAAAAUAAAAAAUUAAAAAUCCUAAAACUAUGUCACCUCUCGAUCUCUAUUCCAAAAAUGGCGAUGAUUCCGAGCUUGUUUGGUGGCCGAAGGAGCAGCAUCUUCAAUCCAUUCUCUCUGGACGUUUGGGAUCCACUCAAGGACUUCACCUCGACGGACACUUCCGCCAUGGCCAAUGCUCGCGUUGACUGGAAAGAAACGUCGGAGGAUCACGUGUUCAAGGCCGACGUCCCCGGGCUGAAGAAGGAGGAGGUGAAGGUGGAGGUCGAGGAGGGUCAAGUGCUUCAGAUCAGCGGAGAGAGGAAUGUGGAGAAGGAGGACAAGAACGAGAUGUGGCAUCGAGUUGAGCGGAGCAGCGGGAAGUUCGUGAGGAGGUUUUGGCUGUCGGAGAACGCGAAGGCGGAUCAGGUGAAGGCUUCGAUGGAGAAUAGAGUGCUUACUGUGACUGUUGCUGGCUUUGAUCUGUUGUCCCCGUGUCCCAUAUAUGUAGAAGAGGAAGAAAAGGAUGAAGGAGAUGGAACGAUAUUAAGUUUUCAAUUUUUUCUUUUAGUUUCGUUUUAGGAAUUUUUUUUAUUGAUAUUAAGUUUAUUAGUUUAAUUUUUAUGUUUAAUGUGUUUUAAUUAAUUUUGAUUAUUUAUGUUAAUUUUUUAUUAUUUAAAAUAUUUUUUUAAUUUUUGGA